GGACCCGUCAUUUCCUUCAGCCAGAGGGACUCAACGGACCUGUCUUUGCUCGGCUCCGGGGGAUCGCAGCAUGAAGGAGGUCAAAAGCGAGCGGGGGCGGGAACGGGGGAGUCGGCGAAGGCACCGGGACGGGGACUUGGCGGCGGCAGCGGCGGCCACAGUGGUGGUGAAGCAAGAGCGCCUCAGCCCGGAAGCCGCGCCUCCGCUCCAGCGCCGGCCUGACUCCUCCGGGGGCAGCGUGUCCCCGCCGGGCCCCCGCGGUAGCCGAGCCCAAGGAGGGAGCCGGUCCCCAACCAAAAAGAAAAACAAGUCAUCAGGGAGAAGAAGCAAGUCUCCUCGAAAUAAGAGAAGCCGGAGUCCUCACUACUCAACCAUCAAAGUGAAGCAAGAACGUGAGGAUCAUCCCCGGAGAGGAAGGGAAGACAGGCAGCACCGGGAACCAUCAGCACAGGAACAUAGGCGAACCAGAACCGGUGACCGAGAUAGGCACCGAGGCCAUUCUCACCAGAGGAGACCCUCCAAUGAGAGGCCUGGAAGCGGGCAGACUCAGGGACGGGACAGAGACAGUCAGAACCUGCAAGCUCAGGAAGCUGAGCGGGAACUCUAUAACGCCAGGCGAAGGGAGCAUCGCCAAAAAAAUGACGUUGGUGCUGGGGGUCAUGAGUCUCAGGAGUUGGCUCCUAGGCCUGGGGGCAACAGUAAAGACAAAGAAGUGCCUGUUAAAGAAAAGCCAAGCUUUGAACUUUCUGGAGCACUUCUGGAGGACACCAACACCUUCCGGGGUGUAGUCAUUAAAUACAGCGAGCCUCCAGAAGCACGGAUCCCCAAAAAACGGUGGCGUCUUUACCCUUUUAAAAACGAUGAGGUGCUUCCAGUCAUGUACAUCCAUCGACAAAGUGCUUACCUCCUGGGCCGACACCGCCGCAUCGCAGACAUUCCAAUUGAUCAUCCUUCUUGUUCAAAGCAGCAUGCAGUCUUUCAGUAUCGGCUUGUGGAAUAUACUCGUGCCGAUGGAACAGUUGGCCGCAGGGUGAGGCCGUACAUCAUUGACCUUGGCUCAGGCAAUGGCACGUUUUUGAACAACAAACGCAUUGAACCACAGAGAUACUAUGAACUGAAGGAAAAGGAUGUCCUUAAAUUUGGGUUCAGCAGCAGAGAAUACGUUCUGCUUCACGAGUCCUCUGACACCUCCGAAGUAGACAGGAAGGAUGAUGAGGAGGAAGAGGAGGAAGAAGUAUCUGACAGCUAGCUAGCUGCCAAUCUACAAAACAGCCCAAGUUCUUGAGAGACCUUUUUCUAAGAAGGCAUUGGGAUUGACUCAAAGAGCACCAUGGUACUGUCUGUAAUGCCUCUUACUGCCUUAAGUCCCUCCUCUGUUGCUGAUGAGCUUCUGUUACAGUGUGGAAAAGCUGGUUUCUGUUUCUUUGGACUUUUUUCUGUGGCACAUCAACUCCAUGCCUGUGGACAUUUGUUUUUAAGAACAGUCUCAAUACAUUGUUUUAGUAGGAGCUUUGUGGUGUUAGUUGGUGCUGCCUAGAAAAUUUUAAACCCUUGGCUAGAGGGCAACUGUGACUUGUUCUCUUUGUACAGUUAUUUUAUUUAUAUAGUUGGUAAGCUUUGUGGGCCUGGUUUUCCAUUUGUUUUGGGAGCAGACCCCUGAACAGAGAAUCUUAUAGAGCUUUGGUUAUCACCAAAACAACCUCCAAUAUAUACCAAAGCUUUGACCUGGUUGAGCUCUUGAGUCAUAGAAGUUGAUUUUGCACUUCAUUUGAGGGGAGGGGAGCGUGUGGGAAUUUACAACAUGACCUCAUUUUUGACUGUUGGAUUUAAACUGACACUUUGUGAAGCCUACUUAAGCAUAUGGAAGAUCAUGGCUAUUUCCAAUGGGUGCUGAGUUAAUGUCACAAAAGUUCAAAAUGGGUCAUGGAUCUGUUCCUGUGUGAGUGCUGAUUCUCCAUGGAACAUGUACAUAACAAUUUUGAUCAUCUUAACUGUUCAACUUUACAUUUUUAUUCCCAUGUUCUCUUUCUUUCUUUGAGAAACAGCCAUUUCUGUGGCAGGAUCCUUGCUUUACGUCAACAUGUGUAUGCUUAUAAAGAAGGUUAUGUAGUUUACAUGUUUCAUCUUUUUAAACAAUGUUCAAGAGCAGUUGUAUUUACCUUCUCAUGGCUGGUAAGCAUGGGGAUUGCCCGCUUUUCUAAUGUUCCGCCAGAGAAAUGUGUAAGUAGAAAGGUCAUAACUACUUACAUAUCUACACAAUUAUGGGCGAAAGAACUAUGUGCUGUUUUCACAUGAGAAUGUUUUGUGAUGCAAAUGUAAUACAACAUUAAGGCAAAGGCCUCCCUGCAUUUGAAGAGCAGGUUUUCAUUUAUAUGGAUUUUUUGGGAUAAAAAAAAUAAAAUUUGUAAAUACAGUCCCAUUUCAAACACUAAUGCUUUCCCAGCAUAGAAGGCCUCCUGUUAACUGGCCUGUUUUAACUGGCCUCUAAAGGGAUCCUUACUCUAAUGUUUUUGAGAUGAAAUCAAAAUGGUGACAGACCAAGAAAUUGAACUGACACCCGCACUGGAAUUUGGAUCUUCAAAGCUCAGCAAGUGAGUGUUGGUCCUGUUGAAGUAGUAGUCUUUUGAAUUCACAGUGAAGGACUUUUUCUUCUCAUAAUAGUCCAAGAUGGGGCAGGUUAUCCAUAGUGAUCCUCACACUGUUUUAUCCCUGUCUGUUCUUCUAUCCGCAAGUGGUGAUGGGGGAAAAGGAGAGAUGGUGUUAACUCAAUCAGUGCUGCUGCUGAUUGUCUCUUGAGUUGAACUGAUGGCAGAUACUUAGAUUGCCUUCUUUUCUGUGUCCCCAUUCAGCUUUCAAUCUACAUGUUUCAAAAACAUGUCUACUCAGGGGUAAAUGUUGCCUAGUGUAGGAAGGAAUAAGCUGACUGAUGUUUAUUCAAAGGAAAUGAAAAAUCUCCUUUGAAGAGCAAAGACAGUAAAGUCCAUCAGUGGCUGGAGAAGUGGGACCCAGUAGUAGAGCACAGGACUUAUACAUGAGGUCCCAAGUUCGAUCCCUGGCACUGGAUAUGCCAAGGUGAUACUCUGAUCCUCCUCUCUUUAUUUCAAUUUUUUUAUUCAAAACUACUUAUGUGGGCCAGUGAGAUAACUCAGCCUGUUAGAGCACUUACAUGCCUGAGGCCACAGGUUCAGUCCCUGUACCACUUUACAUGCCAGAGUUGAGCUGUGCUGGGCCUCUCAUUUCUCCUCCUCUUGCUCCUCCUCCUUUCUUCCCCUUCUCCCACCCCUCCCCUCCUUCUUUCUCACACACUUAUCUUUCUUUUUUUUUUUUUUUUUUAGAGCUCAGGCUUUUUUUUUUUUUUAAUCAGUUAUUUUUAUAGGACAGAGAAAUGGAGAGGAAGGGGAGAGAAGAAAGAGACCUGCAGCACUGUUUCACUGGUGAUGCU